AUGGAGUCCGUGUCUCGAUUUCGGUUCAGGAACCACAGCGAAGAAAUUGGCGAUGAUGACUCAGCAGAAAGGCACACCAGUGCAGAUUCCUCAUCCAUUACUAGCGAAGAAGAUCCCGACCUCGAGUUCCAGUCCAUGACAGCCAAGGGCGUUCAGCAUCUCUGCUCUGAACUCCUCGAGCUCAAGCGUGAAUCAGAUGAGGAUUUUCAGAAGAUAAUCUCCUCAAACUACACCGCCUUCCUCGCAAUAGUGAAAGAGAUAGACUGUCUCAAAAAUGAAGCAUUGAGAUUAAAAAACCUGGCUUCUUCACAACGAAGAAUCGUCGAAGACAUUCGCGAUGGAAUCUCUUCAUGCUUCCUGUCCGAACAGAAUCUGAAUUCUGUGCCUGAAGAGCCUUCACAUGACCAGCCGUCGUCUCCGACCGUACUAGAGAAGCACACAGAAAGUGUUUCAGAAAUAUUAGAUAACCUUCUCAGAGAACAAAGAUUAGACGAUGCCAUAACUCUGUUAGACAUGGAGGCUGAGUUUGUCCAAACUCUACAGUCCGGCGGAAGCCUUUCCUCCGACCAGCUAAUGUCAUACAACUCCACAAUGUUAGAAAAGAAAUCCAUACUUUCCGAUCGCCUUGUCUCCAUGGCUAAACAUCCGCGAAUAUCCGCGCCGGAGCUCCAGAAAGUUCUCAUCGGAUUGUGCCAGCUCGGCGACAAUCGCCUCGCGACGCAGCUAAUGCUUCGAUACUAUCGAAUCCGCACUGCAUCCCUAAUAAGUGAUCUGUCUUCGUCGAAAGAAUUACCGCAUGCGCAUUACAUUCGAGAAGUCGCGCGAUUCGUAUGCUCAACGAUCUCGCAGGCUGCGACGAGUUUCGUCGCCUUAAAUGGCGAAACUCGAUCGUAUACUUCGGAGCUAACUCAGUGGGCCUUCGAGGAAAUCGAUAUGGUUGCGGAUUGUUUCGGUAAGCACGUCAAUGCCGUACCCGAAAUCAGCGGGAGGCUCUCGGCGGCUGUCGACGCUACGAAGAUCGUAACGUCGUAUUGCUCGUUGCUGGAGGCGCAACGGAUCUUCUUACAGCCACAUUUGAUAGAACAGAUAUACCCUUGCAUAGAAGAGGUCUUGCAGCUCCAUAUAGACCAUUUGAGUAGAGUUGUAAGUAUUUUCACGUCGUCGGAGAGUUGGAUUCUCGGAAGAUAUUACGUAUCCGGAAUCUUGACGGGACAGAGCUGCGUGAUCGUCGAUCAACAGCCGGAGUUUUUCUUUCUUACCAACAGUGGCAGGAAAUUCGCGACAUUGUUUCAGUCCGUUGUGGAAGAGCUUUCGCCGUUGAUCGGAUUUCAAAUGGAGAGCUUGGUUCUGAAAGGAAUCGUCGACCUAUUUGUAUCAUAUGUCGACAUACACGAAAGCGCCUUAACGGGGAAGACAGAUGCAGCAGACCGAGGAAGUCCGAGAAUCGGAUUGUCGGAAUUCCCAAUUCAAGGAGUUUCAGUUCUAGCAAACAUGUCGACAUUGGCGCAAUUCUUCUCCGGCAUUGUCCGAAACGUCUUCAAUGGCGUCGAUCAUUUAGACUCAGAGAUUAACAAUCACAUAAUCCUCACUCAGAACAUUUACAGCAGACUAAAAGCCAGCUUUCUCGAUCAAUUUAUAGCCAAUAUUUUCUCCUCGGAUCCUGCUAAUGAAUCUGCUUCAGAAACUGACAUGAUUCCAUCUGUUCCUUACUUGGAACUGUAUUUGGAGCUAAAGAAGCUACAAAAACUCACAGAGGACGACUCCAUUGACAGCAGCUGGCUGAUGAGCUUAUUAGUCGAGGCGAUGAGCGAAGCGUUCCGCUGGAUCUCGACGAAAUCUGCUGUAUGGAGAAUCAGUGAAGAGAAUUUAGCGAAUCACAGUGCUGAGCUUAUGCAGUUCACUCUGGAUGUUCAGUUCCUUCUCGAAGUUUCUAGGCGCGACGGAUACCUAUCGGACGGCGUCGUAAACAUCGCCGGCGAUAUUAUGGCUCGAAUCGAGACCGCCUUCCUCUCCGCCGGACAAAAUCCUCUUAGAGAUCUGGAGGAAAGUGAGUGGCCAGCGGAUGCAGCUAGUUUAGCCCUAGAUAAGUUGCAGGAACUCCGUGAGAAGGAAUUGCUUGAAGAUGAGAAUGCAAGAGAAGAUGAGAAUGUAUAUGGCGUCGAUAUUCCUUUGAACGAUAGAGACGAGCCGGCGAUCGGUGAAGCAUCUGCAACCGCCAUUGAUGGUAAUUAGAAAGGUGUAGUGAACUCGAGGCAGCCAUAUUACAAUUCUUAAAGAAGGUUGAUUUUAUCAAAUAAAAUAAUACUAUAUUCAUAUAAAAAAUAUGUAUGAACUUUAAAUUUGUAAAUCAUAUUGGAUUUGGAUU